AUGGCCACACGUCCGCCGCUGUCAUACGCCGACAUGGCGCAUCACGCCUCAUUCGAACACGAACGUCUUACUCUGUCUGACAAAUCGAUUCGACUCUUCCAGGUACAGAGAGGUGGUAAGGACGAGCCUAUAAGCCUUCGAAUGACACAAUUUUCUGCUGCUCGACGACCCAAGUACAAGGCAGUGUCUUACACGUGGGGCAGCGCUCGACAUCCCAAACAAGUCCUGGUCAAUGGAAGGGCGUUCUCUCUGCACCUCAACCUCUGGCACCUGCUAUACCACCUCCGGCUAAGCGAAGAGACGUCUUUUCUGUGGGCUGACGCUCUGUGCAUCAAUCAAUUAAAUUUGAGAGAGCGCAACUUCCACGUUCAGCUGAUGGGCAGAAUCUACCAGGAAGCAGAAUCCGUCAUAGUAUGGCUGGGCUUGCCAUCUGCUGAUCGCACAGAGAUUCGAGCUAUGGACUUCAUCAAGGAAAUAUCAGCCUAUCGGACGAGAUACUCGGAUACCAUGCUCAUUAAUACUUAUCUUAGACCAGACAUCCAACGUCGAUGGGAGACCUUAUGCAGAAUGACUAACCAUUACUAUUGGCAUCGCACUUGGAUCAUACAGGAAUUCCUGUUCGCACCAUCCAUCGAAGUCUUCUCUGGGAAGGAAAAGCUAGACUGGAAAGAAUUUGAAGAUGUGGUUGAGCUGCUGCGAAGUGACCCAAAGUUUGCUACGCAUGCCGUCAUACCUCAGAUCUUGCAAAGCCGAACAACCCGCUUGACGAUGAGACGUAAAGCCGGCAGUAUGUCAAGCCUCCAUGAAUUGCUUCGGGAGUACGCCGAUUCUACAUGUACCGAACGUCGUGACAAGGUUUAUGGAAUUCUAGGCCUAGCUUCAGACUGCUCAGAAGACCCAGACACUGGCGAGACGUUCGGUGUGAAGCCUGACUACGAGAAGCAUAUUGUAAAAGUUUACCUGGACGCUCUCGAAUGCAUCAAGGCAUCACUACCAACCAACAGUGUGCUUCCAGCAGCCACUCUCCUGAUUCUUCGGGCCUUGCAUAUACUAGGUAGUGAUCUGGGAAGCUAUGUUUCUAACCUCGAUCUUUCAGCACAUAUCAGGACUCCUCUUGUCGUGUCGCCAGCAUAUGUGUCUUCAGUCAUCACAGUGUUCAAUUGGACGAGUGUAAGAGACCUUCAACGACAACUGGAGAUGUAUGACUGGGGUGAGCAUAUAGGCUACCAGAUCAAGAAAAUACCAUCCAACACUUUGAUUCCAGGAAACAAGAUCCCUAAAAUGAGGCGACACUCUUCAAAUUCUCGUCAAGUACACUCUGACUUACCUCCCGAUUUCAUCUACAACGUCGUCGAAGCAGCCAACCUGUGCACCGAUCUAUCUUCACUUUACAACUACCCAUGCCACCAUGACCUCAAUAUACCCCUCGAGCAUAUACCACUCCAUUCAGCGGACAAGCGAUUACACCACAACCCCGACCUCCUCAAGCCUCCUGUAAUCCUCGAACAAAGGCCUGGCUCCGAAACACUCCGACUAGGGUUCGCAUGCACGGACGUUCAGCGUGGUGACCUGAUCUUGCAGUUUCGAGGCCUGGACACAACACUCAUAAUACGUCAAAUCGGGUUCCAGACAAUGCUGGUCGGUAAAGCGAUGACGGUUAAGAAUGCAGCUGUUAUACACGAAGAAACUAUCGACCCGAUCUGCGAACAGAAUUCCUGGGCUUCACAUUGUUGGUGUGCGCGUAAUCCCGAGGAGAUCCAGCUUGAGACGGACCCAUUGUCUUUGGCGGAGCUGUUAAUGAAGACGUGA